AUGGAGAAUCCUCAACAGUCUCCAAACGUCCACAACUACCCAGAUAUGGAAGCUGUACCCUUGUUACUAAACAACAUGAAGGCGGACCCCGCGGAGGAUUCAUUAUCCACAGACCAUUUCCAAACACAGACUGAACCAGUGGACUUGUCAAUAAACAAAGCCAGGUCAUCCCCUACAGCAGCUUCAUCUUCACCGGUUUCCAUGACAGCAUCAGCCUCCUCCCCUUCUUCUACUUCUACUUCUUCUUCUUCUAGUCGGCCAGCUUCAUCACCCACGGUAAUAACAUCGGUAUCCUCAGCGGCGUCUGUACCGUCAGUAUUAACUCCAGGUCCUCUUGUGGCCUCUGCGUCUGGUGUUGGAGGCCAGCAGUUUUUGCACAUUAUCCAUCCAGUACCACCUUCAAGCCCCAUGAACUUGCAGUCCAACAAAAUGAGUCACGUGCACCGUAUCCCCGUGGUGGUACAGUCGGUACCUGUUGUCUAUACAGCUGUGAGAUCACCUGGGAAUAUGAACAACACUAUAGUAGUACCACUGUUGGAGGAUGGGAGAAGCCACGUCAAAGGUGCUAGUUGGCUCUGGUAGUAGUCUCCUGUAGAGGAAGCACCUCCUGAUCUUGUAAAACUGGAACUUUGCUACCCCAGUUUCGUCAACAAAAUUCCGGAAUUUAAUGUGCCAUAGGGAUUUC